CGUCCCCGCCGGGCGGGUCUGGUGCGUGGCAGAGGCUCCGGCAGCCCCGCAGCUUUCUGGAGCCGCCGUCGGCCGGGUCGGUCCGGCAGAGGAGCCGCCUCCAUGGUGCCCGCGGCGCUGCUGCUGCCCUGGGCGCUGCUGGCGCUGCUCGGGGCGGGGGGCGGCCGUGCCUCCCAGCGGGAAGAAAACCUGCUGGUCCUUACUGUUGCCACCAAAAAGACUGAGGGAUUCCAACGCUUUAGAAGAUCAGCCCAGUUCUUCAACUACAAAGUCCAGGUACUGGGACUGGAUGAGGAAUGGCUGGGUGGAGAUGACCAGAAUCCAGCAGGAGGUGGGCAGAAGGUCCGUCUCUUGAAAGCAGCUUUGAAGCAGUAUGCGAAUAAGGAAGACUUGAUCAUCCUUUUCAUAGAUAGCUACGAUGUACUCUUUGCUUCGGGCCCCUCAGAACUGCUGAAGAAGUUCAAACAAGCCAAGAGCAAGGUGGUCUUCUCAGCAGAGAACUACAUCUAUCCUGACAGAAAGCUGGAAGCCAAGUACCCUCAAGUGCGAGAUGGGAAGCGCUUCCUGGGUUCUGGAGGAUUCAUAGGUUAUGCUCCAAACCUGAAGAAGCUUGUGGAGGAGUGGAAAGGAGAGGAUGAUGACAGUGACCAGCUCUUCUAUACAAAUGUCUUCUUGGAUCCAGAAAAAAGAGAAAGUAUCAACAUCAGUCUAGACCAAAGAAGCCGGAUCUUCCAAAACCUAAAUGGAGCAUUAGAUGAGGUAGUUCUGAAGUUUGAAAACGCACGAGUGAGAGCAAGAAACAUGUUGUAUGACACUCUGCCUGUGGUGAUUCAUGGAAAUGGACCCACCAAGCUGCAGCUGAACUACCUGGGUAACUACAUUCCUCAAAUAUGGACGUUUGAGACUGGCUGCACCGUAUGUGAUGAAGGUCUGCGAAGCCUCACAGGGUUUAAGGAUGAGGCCCUGCCCAUGAUCCUGAUUGGCAUUUUCAUCGAGCAGCCCACCCCCUUCCUCUCCCAGUUUUUCUUGCGGCUUCGUAACCUUCGUUACCCAAAGCAACGAAUCCAGCUCUUCAUUCACAAUCAUGAAGAACAUCACUUGAUGCAGGUGGACUCUUUUGUUGAAGAGCAUGGCAAAGAAUAUCUCGCCAUCAAAGUGGUUGGACCAGAUGAUGAGGUGGAGAAUGCUGAGGCACGUAACUUGGGCAUGGAUUUGUGCAGAAAGGAUCCUGACUGUGACUAUUACUUCAGCCUGGAUGCUGAGAUCGUUCUGAAGAACACAGAGACUCUAAGGAUCCUGAUCGAACAGAACAAGCUGGUGAUUGCCCCGCUGGUGAGUCGCCAUGAGAAGCUGUGGUCAAAUUUCUGGGGAGCACUGAGCCCUGAUGGAUACUAUGCCCGCUCAGAAGAUUAUGUGGAUAUUGUUCAGAGGAGGAGGGUUGGGCUUUGGAAUGUCCCCUACAUCAGCAGUGUGUACCUGGUCAAAGCCAAGGCUCUGCGGUCGGAGCUUGACCAGGAAGAUCUGUUCCACAGUGGCAAGCUGGAUGCUGACAUGGCUUUCUGCCACAACGUUCGGAACCAGGGAGUCUUCAUGUACCUGACGAAUCGGCACCAGUUUGGACACAUACUGUCCUUGGAGAAUUACCGGACAACUCACCUCCACAAUGACCUCUGGCAAAUAUUCAGCAAUCCUGAGGAUUGGAGAGAAAAGUACAUCCAUGAAAACUACACAGCAGCUCUGAAAGGGAAGUUGGUAGAAACGCCCUGCCCAGAUGUUUACUGGUUCCCCAUAUUCACUGACACUGCCUGUGAUGAGCUGGUGGAAGAAAUGGAACAUUAUGGCCAGUGGUCCACAGGUGACAACACGGACAGCAGAAUACAAGGAGGAUAUGAGAAUGUCCCAACUAUAGAUAUACACAUGAACCAAAUUGGCUUUGAAAGGGAAUGGUAUAAAUUUCUUCUGGAGUAUAUUGCACCCAUCACAGAGAAAUUGUACCCAGGAUACUAUACCAAGACUCAGUUCGAGUUGGCCUUUGUCGUUCGCUACAAGCCUGACGAGCAGCCUUCUCUCAUGCCCCACCAUGAUGCCUCCACCUUUACCAUCAACAUCGCUUUGAACCGAGUGGGGAUAGACUAUGAGGGAGGAGGCUGCCGGUUCCUGCGCUACAAUUGCUCCAUUCGAGCUCCACGGAAGGGCUGGACCCUGAUGCACCCAGGACGCCUGACCCACUAUCAUGAAGGUCUUCCAACCACCAAAGGAACCCGUUACAUCGCAGUGUCCUUCCUUGACCCCUAGAGUCAUGCCUUACAGGGAGGAAGGACCUUUCCCUGGCAUUGCUCUCUGCUGACUUUGAGUGGAAACAGGGAAUGCUACUGAGAGUUUCUAAGGCAUUGAUCAAAGCUAUUUGGAUAUUGAUUUUCAAUGAUAUUUUAAGACUCCACUACUGGAAUAUCUCCCUCUCUGAUACUGCAGGUAAUAUCUAGGAAUAUUGCUGUAGAAUUUGGAAGGAGAUUUUGUGCCUUCAUUUUUGAUUGUGCUCCUCAUCCGCUGUUUCUUGGAAAUGCGGUUUACUUGAACCUCCACUGAUUGGUUGGCUUUACAAAAAUACUUUCUUGGACUGGAAAUCCAGCUUUUUGGAGGCAAGUCACAAGUUUGCUCUCCAAGUAGCUGGAAGCCCAUUUUCAUCCACAGCAUGUAAAGGACUGGACAUCAGACAGUAAUUCCUGGAUACUAUUCCAAAUAGAAACGAAUCAGAGAGAUGACUCCAGGAGUCAUAACAGUUAAAUUGUCAUACCAGAUGAAGCUCAGUAAUAAGAGCCUGAAGAUCAUCUGAUUCCUUACCUCUUUGCAGUCCUUGGAAGCAUAUCACAAAGCUCAAAGCAGCAGCAGGGGCAAUACAGGUGCUUCCAGUUAGCUAAAGGAAUGUCUGCUAAUAAUACUUUACCUCUGGGAUUAAUCUGAAGAGACAACAGAAAGUCUUCUCUCCCUGCAGCUGCAAGGAGCUGCAUGCCCAGACAAAUGCAGACCAAGUUAGUGUGUGUAGAUAAAAUCUAAGAAAGGGAAGGCUGAGAACAGCUGCAUCAGUCAGGGCUUCACUGCUGAAUUGUCUCUUCUAUCCAAUGUUAAGAUUGUCAAAAGCUCUAAUCAGUCCUCUGGAUAACAACCCAGAGGGUCCUGGUGCUCUUUGGUAGCCUCAUUCCAGUUCUCAGAGAUUGUUUUGGGAAUUUUCUUUGCCUCUAGUUUGAAUAGGCCAUCAAAGAGCUGUUCUCUGGUACUUAGAGGAAAUAAUUAUUCAGUGUUUUUUUCUGUUAUUUGAGUUUCCAAACCAAAACACUCCUGACACUUCCCCAGUGGGGUCAAGGGUGAUAGAAAUGAGUGGCUGGAAAGUGCUGAUUGUUGUGAACUGGUAGGUGUAAAAAUCUGUCUCACCUUAGACUCCUGGUUAGAGAGGGAAGAGGGAGAAACAUUUUCUGGCAUUGCCUGUGAGAUACCUGCCCUGCUGUCAGACAGCAUUAUGCUUUAGGUCUGCCAGACCAGGGUGUUUCACAAGCAAUAAAUUCACAUCAUGUCCUUAGGGGAAAAAAAAAGUCCUCUUUUUGGUUCUUUGUGCCUCCAGCUUCUUCAGUCUGAUUGUCAGGUGUAGAGCCCGUUCAUCUAGGACAGGUCACGUUACUGCAGGCAGAGCAGAUGUGCACAUUCUGGCAGGGCAUUUUCUACCAUUGGAAUGGAUCUGAGGAAGGUGACACAGAACAUUUUCUGCUGCUUCCCAGGUGCUCUUGAGGUACAAACCUAAGACUACAGGCCACGUGUGCCCCAGGGAGACAAGUCCAGGCAGGGAUAAUCAGUUUGAACAGGACAAUAAUAAAUCUUGUUAGGUGAAAUCCAGAACUCUCUUGUUAUCGAAUGAACCAACAGGCCGUUCGUUAAGAUGAUGUCAAAAAGCUCUAUGUAUUUAUUCAACAGGGUUUGUUGUGGUUUUGUUUUCCCACUUAAUUUUGUUGCGUCUUCCCGCUGCCCAGUGCGGUGACGGGAAUUGCUGAGGCGUUUGUCACGAGGUGUACGGUGAACGCGCAUUAAACCCGCACCCCAGGGGGA